UGGCUUUUUCUAUGACCAUGCCACUCACAACCAUCUGGGAUUUUCCUCCCCAGGUUGUGUUGGUCACACACCAAAUCUAACUCUGGGCAUGCUGACAGAACAUUAACAGGACAUUGCAAAAUAAAGAGUGGGUGGAGACCAGGGUUGUUUUAAAUAGAACCUGAACUCCCUUUCAGCUGCCACUGCAAACCUCCUUCUUGCUUCCUGAUCCUUGCACUUCACUGAAGGCGCCAAGUCAAUCAUGCUGAGAAACAUGUUGAUCCUGUCACCUCUACUGGCUGUGUUUCUAGCUGAUCCGAUAAAAGCGGCAUCGGUUACCCCUGUAUCUGGAGGAACAAGCAUGGAGCCGAGCAGAGAGCCAAGCACAGACCCUACUGAAGACCCCAGCAGGGAAGGAAGUGGAGAACCUAGUGGAGAACCAAGCAGAGAGCCCUGUGCAGAAGCAAGUUCAGAGCCUAGUCAAGAGCCAAGCACAGAGUCUACUGAAGAACCAAGCACAAAACCAACCCAAGAACCAAGCACACAAUCUCCCAAAUAAAUUGCAAAAUGAAUCCUGACAGAAGACAUGUGAUCAACCCCUCCUGCUGGCUUCGGCUUCAAUGAAGAAAAAUUCUAGCCAAUGGGAGGAGAAAGAAAUACUUUCUAUAAUUUUAGAAGCUAAAACUUGUAAAAAAAUUAGCAACACUCGGCUGAGUUUCAACUAACCUCCAAUCAAUGCCGGCUUAUUUUAUUUAGAAUGCAUGUAACUGGAACACAUUAGACAGAUCACUGCUGACAUGUAACACUUUACUAUGGCCACGUUACUUAUAGUAGAACCUCAGCAGAAAGUAAGGGGGCAUCCCUCUAAACCUGCUGCCAGUGCUAUGCCCCUUUUUGCAAUAAUCUAGUACAUUGUAAUUGAUGCAAAUGGAAGACUGCCUUCUGCUAACGCUGCCAGCUUUUGGCAGUUUCUCUCAAAUCACAUUACAGUAAACUUCCGAUAAUCCGGCACCUUUGGGACCCAGGGGGUGCCGGAUUAUUGGAUAUGCCCGAGUACCAGAAGGGGGGCUAU